AUGGCCCGCGAGGCGCCGCUGCUGGAGCGCGAGGCCGGGCCCUCCCUGAGCGCCAUCGCCUCCAACUUCUUCUGGCUGGGGCUCACGGCCUUCGGCGGCCCGCCCGUGCACAUCAGCAUGUUCAAGAAGCGCUUCUGCGAGGACGAGGACCUGAGGUGGCUGUCCGAGGAGCGGUUUCAGGAGCUCUUCGCGAUGGCGAACUGCCUGCCCGGGCCGUCUAGCACCCAGGUCGGCUUCGCGAUCGGGGUCACGAAGAAGGGCGUCGUUGGCGGCCUCGUCUCUGGCUUCGCAUUCAUCCUCCCUGGUGCUAUCAUGAUGACUGCACUCGGAUUUGCAUCGAGUGCGGUGUCGGACAAGAUCAAGGACCCCCAUUCCCCUGAAAGAGCCUGCGCCAUAGCCUGCAGCGCAGUCGGAGUGUCGCUCGUCUUUUCUGCUGUGUCGGGUUUGGUUAAAAAGUUCGUCUUCAGCACCAAGGACACGGGCAAACUCGGUUUUGUGUGUUGCAUUACGGCGGCUAUGUGCUUACUGGUCAGCCCGACUCCCGCCUGGCUGAACCCAGUCCUCAUUUUCGCGGGCGGAAUGGUCACCAUCGCUUCGCCAGUGCAUGCUGCGGCUAAUCAGAACGAAGCGGCGUCACACGACGACGGCCGCACAGGCCUUCCCAUCUCUGCUGCCAGGCUCGUCUUCCUUGGCUACUUCGUCCUUGCCGCGUGGACCAUCCACACCGACACGUAUGACCAUGGCUGGGUGAUGCCCUUUCUGAACGCAGGCAUGUUCGUGUGGGGUGGCGGCCCCGUCGUCUUGCCGAUGCUGAUGACGUAUCCGGGGGGCACGGUGUCGGAUCUCACGCCGACGUUCAUCGACCCGACUGUGUUCUUGACGGGCAUCGCUCUUGCAGAGAUGAUGCCAGGGCCCGUGUUCAACAUGUCGUGCUUUCUAGGUGUCCAGCUUGCGUUGGCCGCUGGAUGGUGGUGGCCAUCGGGAGUUGCAAUUUGCUGGCUCGGGCUUAUGGGGCCAGGGAUCGCACUCAUUUUCGGGGCAGUGCCUGUAUGGGACCAACUCAAGCAAUUUGCCGUCUACAGCAAAGCUCUGCCCGGCCUAAACGCGGCCGCCGUGGGCUUGCUGGUCCAGACCGUCUUCGUGGUUUAUGGCAAGCUGGACGAGAAGAGCAAAGACACGGCGAUUGGCUGCUCCGGCGCCCGGGCCAUCGCUCUCCUCUCCUACUGCGCGAUCGACAUGGCCGGGAUCAACACGCUGAAGGUCGUGCUCGCGUUCGGGGCUCUCGGCUUCGCGGUAGCGUCAAUGCCAGCCGACCACAUGCUCGCUUGA